AGAAGACUUAUUUUAAAUUUGUGUUAAUCUGCUUAUUUCAUCAACUGCUUUAAAUUUUAUUGUUUUUAUAUAUCUUUUUAACUUUCGGUUUAUGUUUUAAGCCGCCGUUGCCAAUAAUGUUUGUCGACGCAGGUCUCUUGUAUGGCAUUUUUGUUUAUUAUUGACUAAAAUAAUAACACUACAGCUUUUUUAGCAUUUUGAGUGCAUUUUUAACAAGUUUUUAGUCUCAAUUUAGUAAAUUGGCUUUUAAUUAAAUCUCCUUUCCUCCAAUAACAUCACCAUCAACAUGUCCUCUCCCAUCAGCUCCUCGAAAUUGACACCUGUGAUAAAUAGCAAACGCCAAGAUUACUUACAUUGGGAUGACUACUUCAUGGCCACUGCCGUUCUAUCCUCACAACGCAGCAAAGAUCCCGUUACGCAAGUAGGAGCCGUAAUAGUAAAUGAAGAUAAUCGCAUAGUAGCCAUCGGGUACAAUGGUUUUCCCAAAAGCUGUGAAGAUGAUGAAUUUCCCUGGUAUAAAGCCAACGAUAUUAAGGACAUAGUAGAGGAUUUUGAUCCGAUUAACGAUAAGAAAAUGUUUGUGGUCCAUGCCGAGGCAAAUGCUAUACUCAAUAAAAAUUGCGCCAAUCUCAAAAAUACCCGCCUCUAUACAACGCUUUUUCCAUGCAAUGAAUGCGCUAAACUUAUAGUACAAUCGGGCAUUACGAAAAUCUAUUAUAUGUCAGAUAAAUAUGCCAAUAAACCCAUAUAUCGGGCGGCACGUUUAAUGUUCUCUAAAGCGAAAAUAGAAUGUCAACGUUAUAUACCCAAAAAAACGAAAAUUGUCAUAGAUUUUGAACAAAUAUUGGAGGUGGAAUUGAAUCUUUCGCAAGAAAUGGAGAAUAUUAAAUUAUAAGGGAGGAGGAAAAAAUAUGACUAUAGCUGGAUAUAAUUGCUGUACUAUUAGCUUUUUUAAGUUUUUAUUUUAAUUUUGGUUAUUUCAGCUAAUUUGUUUUAUUUAAAGUUUUUGUGUUGUGCUUUCCGUGCGUUUUUUGUACAUUUUAUGUAAGAUGACUUAUAAUAAAGAAAAUUAUCCAAAAACUUACAAUACAUA